UUCACAACAAAAAUAUCUAAUUAUCAUUUGUGAAUCAAAAAUAUCUAAUUAUCAUUUCCACGUGCUUGAAGUAGUUUUUGGUUGUUGUCCCAAUUAAUGUAUCUGCAGUGACAACCUGGUGGUGAAGACCACCUCGUGAAGCUGGCAUGAACCCUCAUUUAUUAGGGGAAUAAAAUCCUGUAAUGAACAUUAGAAUUAUUUUCUCCGUGGGUUUUGCCAAUUUUAUACUUUUUCAUUUACUGGUUAUCGAUAUAAAUUAAAAUUUUAGAUAUAAUUAAAAAUGACAUAAAAAUAUUUCAAAAUUUUCCCUAAAGUUUUAUCUUCUUCCAAAACACUCCCCUGAUCGACCCCAUUUCUCUUCCUGUGGCAUGCAUAAAAACAAUAUAAAUUAAGGCUCAUACAUAUUAAUUCACGCAUCUGCUGUAUUGAGCUAGCUUUUCAUUCUUUUGCUGAAAAUGGCUAAUCAAAACACUCUCCCUCUUUAUGAUAAAUAUUGGGUGAAGCAUACGUUAUCAAGAGUAAUGGAUUCCUUGACUCUGCUCCUCCUCCUCUUACUUCUUGGUUACCGUAUUAAUAUUUUCUCUCAUAGCAACUACACUUUCCCUUGCCUUGUUGCUUUCAUAUGCGAGUCAUGGUUCACUUUUUCUUGGAUUCUCGUCAUCAGCACUAAAUGGUCUCCUGCAUAUACCAAAACCUACAUACACCGUCUCUUGCUUCGGGUACCUGAGGGUGAGCUUCCAGCAGUGGAUCUAUUUGUGACAACAGCAGACCCAGUGCUUGAGCCUCCUAUCAUCACAAUCAACACUGUCUUGUCUCUCUUGGCGCUUGAUUAUCCUCAUAACAAACUUGCUUGCUAUGUUUCUGAUGAUGGAUGCUCCCCUCUUACCUUCUAUGCCCUUAUCGAAGCAUUUCAAUUUGCUAAGCUUUGGGUACCUUUCUGUAAGAAGUACAACAUACAACUUAGAGUACCCUUCAGAUACUUCUCCAAUAACACCAGCACUGACAACAAUGAAGACACGCCGGAGUUUAUGCAAGACUGGUUAAAAAUGAAGAACGAGUAUGAGCGCCUUACCCGUAAAAUUCUGAAUGCAACAAAAAAUUCGAUUCCACUUGUGGGAGAGUUUGCUAUCUUCUCAGAUACACAGCCUAGAAAUCAUCCAACCAUAAUUAAGGUAAUAUGGGAAAACAAAGAAGGUCUUUCAGACGAGUUGCCUCACUUAAUCUACGUAUCUAGAGAAAAGAAGCAGGAACAUCCACAUCAAUAUAAAGCUGGUGCUAUGAAUGUGUUGACAAGAGUCUCUGGAGUGAUGACAAAUGCACCCUUUAUCCUAAACUUAGAUUGUGACAUGCACGUGAAUAAUCCAAAGAUUGUUCUACACGCCCUGUGCAUUUUAUUAGAUUCAAAGGGAGAAAAAGAAGUUGCAUUUGCCCAAUGUAUCCAGCAAUUCUAUGAUGGAUUAAAGGAUGAUCCUCUCGGAAAUCAGCUUGUGGCAGCGUUUCGGUACUUGGGGGGUGGAUUAGCAGGGCUCCAAGGGAUAUUUUACUUAGGAACAAAUUGCAUGCACAGAAGAAAAGUAAUUUAUGGCCUUUCUCCUUAUCAUGGCAUUCAAAAUGGAAAGAAGGAUCAUGGCGUCUCCAAUGGGAAAUUCUCAGAAAAGAAAACAAUAUUUGGUACAUCAAAGGGGUUUGUGGAAUCAGCUACUCAUGCUUUGGAAGGGAAGACAUUUACUCCCAAUAACAAUAUUUGCAAAUCUCUUGAGGCUGCGAGUGAAGUUUCUAGUUGUGAAUAUGAAUACGGCACUGCUUGGGGAAAACAGGUGGGUUGGAUGUAUGGAUCAACAUCUGAAGAUUUACUUACCGGACUGAAAAUCCACACAAAAGGUUGGAGAUCUGAAGUGUGCUCACCAGAACUUUCGCCUUUUAUGGGAUGCUCACCUCAAGAUAUUUUAGUUGUAAUUGGUCAACAAAAGAGAUGGAUCUCAGGGUUGCUUGAUAUCCUCCUAAGCAAGCAUUGUCCAAUUUUUGGAACCCUAUUUGGUAAGCUCCAAUUCAGACAAUGCUUGGGGUAUCUUUGGAUCACUACUUGGAGCUUACGACCCGUUCCUGAAAUAUGUUAUGCUGCUCUCCCUGCCUAUUGCAUCAUUAAUAACUCCAGUUUCUUGCCCAAGGAACUCGGACAAUGGAUCCCCGCCACUUUGCUUGUGAUUUACAACGUGUCUACUCUUUUAGAGAACUUGAAAAUAGGAUUGUCAAUUCGAACAUGGUGUAACAAUCAACGAAUGGCAAGGAUAACCACCAUGAAUUCUUGGUUUUUUGGAUUUUUGGCCAUCCUACUUAAGCGAUUAAGGAUAUCUAACAUUGGCUUUGAAAUAACAAGGAAAGACGAAACAUUUUCCAAUGAGGGUGCAAAUGAAAAUGAUGGUAGAUUCAUUUUUAACAAGUCUCCAGUUUUUAUACCUGGCACAACUAUUUUGCUUAUUCAACUCACAGCACUGGUUACCAUGUGGUUGGGAUGGCAACCACCUGUUAGAAACAAUGGACAUGGAUCUGGUGUUGGGGAAGUGUUCUGUAGUACAUAUUUGGUUGUGUGCUAUUGGCCAUUUUUGAAAGGGUUAUUUGAGAAAGGAAAGUAUGGAAUUCCCUUAUCCACAAUUUGCAAGUCAAUGGCUCUGGCUUUCCUUUUUGUGUACUUAUGCAAAGCAAAUUAAGGAUUGAUCAUAUAAUUCACUUGGUUGUUUUUAAUUAAUGUAUUUUGCUGCACCAUUAUAUGUAUUGUAAAGAUAUUAUGGAGAAUACUUCUAAGUGAAUAAUUUUAGUUUAGUCCCUAAA